UGUAUGGGCAAUCAACAAGUCAUUUUAUGUUUAUAUGAUUCAAGUUAUACGGAAAGUUGACCUGUAAUUAAUUAUAUGAGGUAAUGAAAACGUGAUGAUGCUGCACCGGACAUCGUCAUCUCGGCGGCGGAGAGCGUCAAGAAGCGCAGCCACAUCCCCGCAGACGCGCUCGCCGCGACCCUCCGCGCAGCCCUCCCGACGAGCCUCACUGGCUACCACUGAAACUGAUGAUGAAACAGAACCAAUCCCACAAAGAAGCCCCAGAGCCAGCCUAGCGCCUGACGCCGCCUUAGACAUGUACCAUCGAAGCCCGAGAAACUCUCUCGUACCGGAGACAAGAUCUGCCAGAAAUUCUAUCGUCCCGGACACGGCAUCACAAAUCAGAAACACUCUAGCACCUACUAGAAACAACUUAGGAGUUGAAUUAGCGUACGGGUCCAGAUUAAGUCUCAAUCCGCAAGACUUUAACAGAAGUCCAAGGAACAGUAUAACUCCAGAUGUAACCGCGCGGAGCCCUCGACGUAGUUUAGUACCAGACGGCACCUCAUGGAACCAACCAAGGAAUUCCCUCGUUCCCGACGUGGGAAGAAGUCCAAGACAUUCGGUUGCAUGUAUACAGAUAGAUCCAGCUCGUAGCCAGAAAGAAUUGGGUCCAAGUCCACGAACAAGCCCCAGAGGUAGUAUUGGACAAGAUACAGCUUUUAAAAGUAAUGAGUGUACUGACUUUGUUAGAACUCCUCGCGGUUCUUUGAUACCGGAAUGUCAGAGAAGCCCUCGUGGAAGCAUCGCGCCCUCUGAGAGGAGUGCCAGAGGAAGUUUAGUGGCGGGAGAAUUGGACGCCGCUAAAGUCAGCCCCAGAGGUAGUCUCACAUUAACAUUUCAAGAACCAUUGGUAUCAAAGGAAAGAAGAGCGAGCGAAGAGAGUCAAUGUGCAGCAACAAGAGGCCGCAGUGUAUCGCCGUACAGAGCGUCUCUGAGCGGCCGACACAGUGGAACCGGUGCUCUCUCUGACACUGGAUCUAGAAGAGCUUCAAGUUCAGUCAGCCAAGUAUCAGGCGAUGAACAGAGGCGGCUUUGUGGUGAACAAGCAAAAUAUAGCGAGAGAAGUGGCAUGGGUUUGGGUGUUGGCCUCACAACUUACGGUUCAGUUGCGUACCAACUAAAAGAUGCAAACAUGGAAGCCUCCAGUACUGUCGAUUUCGUUUGCAGAGCUGCUAAAAUUAUGAACAGAACCAUUCUGAUGACAGUAUUUCUGGCCAUCCUUUCUGCGUUGCCAGUUAUAAUGCUAAUAAUGGGUGUGCAGUACAUUCGCGACUGCCCCGCGGAGCCGCGCAUCCCGGUGUACAUGAUAGUGGGGGGCGCGGCUGGCGGCGCCGGCAUCUGCUGGCUGCUGUGGGCGCAACUCGUCAGCAGGACCUCUAAUUCCCCAGCAAGCGUGCCUGAAAGAGUCCUGGCUUACACCCUCACUGUCUUUCUGAUGGGAUGGUAA